AUGACAACCUCUAGUGACAAUACUUUUAAAAAGCAACAAAUAAUUCUAUUUACUCAGGUGAAACCAAUAUGUACCUCACUUAUGCAGGCUAGAUUCCAAACACCUUUGAAUCUUCAAGAUAUUAUUCAAAAAAUUAUUUUACUAGAUAAAACUAUUCAAAAUACACCCAAUUUUUUUAUAAUCAGUGAUUAUAAAUUAAUUGAAUACAUUACUCUUCCUUUGUUUGAGUUAUAUAGUGUAAAAGAAUUAUCAAAAUGUGAUAGGUUUCUUGAAGAGUAUUUAAAUUGCCUUUCUACUUUGUUAUUAUCUGGAUGGCAAAAAUUCAUAAAUUCUGACAAUUUUCUUCAACUUUUCAUUAUGUUUAUGAAAAUUAUUGAUGGAAUAUCUGAUGAAUCAAGUUCAACCAAUGAUGAAAAGCAACAACAGCAAUUACAACAGAUAAAUAUGAACAAGAAAAAUUCUGUCAAAAAUCAAAUGAUAUCAGAAAAUACUAAAUUAGCUUGUGUCAAAUAUUUGCUUGCUUUACUACCUAAGCCAUCAGAUCAAAACAAAUACAAAGUAAGUCAAGAAGAAUAUUUUAAAAUUCUACAAUAUAGAGAGUCAAUAUUAGAUGAUAUGAGAGGAAAAUCUGUGUUAAAUGCAUUAGUUGGUCGUUGUGUUUAUGUUUUGUUGGAAUAUGUUGUUGAGGAACGACUGCUUGAGUUGAGAGUGACAACACUAGAAACUAUAAAAAAUUUAAUCAUUUGUGUUAAUAAUCCAGCAAUUGUUGCUGUUUAUUUACCAGGAGUUGUUAGUAAAUUGAGUACUCUAAUAGUUAUUGAACAAAAAGAAAACCAUUUGUUGUUAGAAAAAGCUGUUGAAACACUAGCUGAAGUCAUUUCUAUUGUCAUGUUGGAUGAUGAUACUAUCAAUAAGGGAUUGAUAUCUAAAAAUGAGUCAAUUAGUGAAUUGAAAAAAGUCAUAAUUAACGAUAAUUUUAAUAAUGGUGGAUUUAUUUGUGUUGAAAGAAAUUUAUCUUGGUUGAAAGCUACUAAAUCACAAAUUAAAAUAUCUAUUGCUAAUACUCUUACUAUUCGUAAUCAUCCAUCAUGGAAAUUGCGUUUAGCUUUUGUUAACUUUUCAUACAACUUACUUUCAAAAUGUUCAAAAACUUUGGAUAAUUGUGUUCCGUUGUUAGUUGAAACUUUGGUAACAUAUUUAAAUGAUGAGUAUGAACAGGUUUCAUGUCUUUGUCAAAUACAUUUGGCAACUCUUCACAAUGAUUCAAAAAUUAAAGAUUCUUUAAAACUUAUAAUGAAAGAAAGCUUUAACACUUGGCUUACUUCAUUGCCAAGAUAUUUAACUGGACUGGAUGAAAAUGCAAAGUAUAAUGUAUUAUCUUUAUUAUCAGGAUUUAUUUUAUUUUUAGGAUCUGAUAUUCAAGGUGUACUCAAUUUGACCCUUGAAAGAAUAUCAGAUGGUCUGCUUAAAGCCUUAGAAUUUGACAUCUGUAAUACCAAUAUUAUAGAAGAUUUCAUAAAAUUUCAUCCACAAAUUUUGUUUAUUAUAAAUGAACUUUUACUUGGAUCUGCUGGGAUAAAUUUAAAAACAAAUUUAAAUGAUUUGAUUGUGAUGACACCAGCAAACAAAUUAGAAGAAAUAAAAAAUGUAGCAAGUUCUUUAUUAAGAGAAUAUAUUGAGUUGGAUGCUAUAAAUAAUAAUAGUGGUAGUAGUGGAAAUGGUGUUAAUAAUACUUUGAAUUUAAAUGAGCUAGUUAAAGCUGAUAAACAUGUUGAUCUUUUAAAAUCAAAGACAAAAAAUGAAAUAAUUCAAGAUUAUUUAUUAAGGAACAAUAGUACUAAUGGUAAUAGCAGUGAAAUUUAUGAGCUUAGCAUUGAAUUCCAAAAUACAAUUAUCUUAAUCAAUUGUAUGGUAUUAAAGGGAAUAGCAUAUAUAUCUCAAAUUAUGAAAAUAGAUUUUAGAUUUGAAUUAAUUGAUGCAUUAUAUUUGAUUUUAGAAAAAAUGGGAAACAAAAAUUUCAUGAUUCACGAUACAGCAGAAACAACCCUAUCAAAUGUUUCAAGUUGUUGUGGAUAUAAUUCCAAGAAAUCAUUGAUAUUUGAAAAUAUUGAUUAUCUUAUUAAUAUCAUAUCAAAAAAACUCAAUCAAAUCACAUUAAAUCCCCAAACACCACAAGUAUUAAUAGCUAUGUUAAAAAUAGUAGGAGCGCCAUUGUUGGCUUAUUUGGAUGAUACCAUCGAGGAAAUUUUUGAUGCAUUGGAUAUGUUUCAUAUGAAUGAAUUAAUCUUGGGUCAAUUAUUGACAUCAUUAUAUACAAUUGUUUCCAUUAUAUCAGAUAAUGAUAAUGAAAAUUAUUUAAAGGAGGAAGGUGAAAAGGAUAAAGAAAUAAAUGGCAAUAAUAAAAGUGACAAUCAUAAUGUAUCAUUUGAAAUUCAAGAAUUUAUAAAAAAUUAUAAUUUCUAUGAAAAAAAAGGAAAUUCUGCUACUAAAUCUCAAGAGAAUCUAACCCUUGAUGAGAUUGGUCGUUACUUUUUGGAACGUCAAAAGGAAAAAAAUGAUAAUGAUCUUGAGGGAGAAUCAGAAAGUGGUGGAUUGGAACAACUUGAGGAAAUCGUUAAACAAGAAGAAGAAAAUCUUAAGGACUCUCAUGACAACAAAAACAAUAAUGAUAGUGGUAAUAAGAGUUUAACACAUUCACAAACAUUUUGUCUUAAAAUUAUUGAUAAAUCAUUUCAUAUUCUCGCAUCUCCAUCUCCACGAUUACGUAAAUUAAUCCUUGACAUUAUAAGAAUAUCUUUACCUGUGCUAAAAUCAAAUCCUCAAAAAAUGGAAACAUUGGUUCAUCAAAUUUGGCCAUCUAUAGUUAACAGAAUGAAAAUGGAAAAUAUGACGGUGACAACAAUAACAAAUAAAAAAGAAGAGUCUUAUGUUAUUCUUAGUGCAGUAGAACUUGUACAAACAAUUUCAAUUUGUUGUGGCGAAUUUUUUACUAGUCGUGUAGUAAAUGAUGUUUGGCCAAUAUUUAAAAAAUUAUUGCAACAGCAAUCAUUGAUUGAUCAAGAAUAUUCGGAAUUGAUGAAAUCAACUUUUUCAAAUUCACAUUAUUUAAAAAUAUCCAUAUUGUCAACAAUAAAAGUUAUAAUAAAUCAAGUUAAACUAUCUAAUGAGAUUUUAUGUGACAUAAUUGACACGAUGUGGAUCUUUCUAAGUGAUCAGUUUCAUGAAGAAAUACAAGAAUUGGCAAAAGAUUUAUUUAUAGAGUUGUCAUUUAAAAGUCCCGAUGCUACUUGGUUGUUGCUGCAUGGUAUUGUGAAAGACCAUUCAAAAAUCAUUUAUCAUUACAAAGAAAAAUCAUCAAAUGAUUCAUCUGUUGUUCUAUUAGACGAUAUAGAUUUUCCCGAUUAUUUUACUAAAUCUUCAAAUAACAAAAAUAAUUUUUCAAAAAAUGCAAACUAUAUAUUGAAAUUAAUUCAAUAA